AGCAUUCGUGGCGAUGUUUACAUAUUGAGGCAAUAUGGCUAUUUUUCAAUUCAAUGACCGUGUGCGGCUGCGGCGGUUUGGUGUUUCUGCCCAGUUUCUGCCUUCCUUUGCAUUGAUUUAUUGAUGUGCCUACUCAGUUGUAGGUCCAAGCUUAUGUCAGUUUCAAACAAUUUCAUGCUGAGUGCAUAGACUGGAGCUGACCUGCUGAGAGCUGCAGCCAUCAAGACAGAGUGUUUUCAUUGGAUCUGCUAAUUUGAACCACCUACCUCAUCAUGUCAGCUCAAGGUCGGACCGUGUGGCGGAGGGGCCUGGUGCGAUCACUGCGCUCCUGUCUGCGGCGAAACGCCAUGCUGCGCCGCUGGGUAUACUACGGCUGCCUGACAGCGGCAGUCGCCCUCUGCUACUAUAACGCACUGCAGUGCGACUUCGUGUUCGAUGAUGUCAGCGCGGUCAAAGACAACCGAGACUUACGACCACACACACCCCUCUCCAACUUGCUCUACAACGACUUCUGGGGCACACCAAUGGAGAAGGAGCAGUCCCACAAGUCGUACCGGCCGCUCUGCGUCUUGACGUUCCGCUGGAACUAUCUGCUGCACCAGCUGAGGCCAAUGGGUUACCACUUGGUCAAUGUGGCGCUGCACGCCCUCGUUUGUGCCCUAUUCUUCAGGAUGUGCGUCAUGUUCGUCUCUGAGCUGACCAGCUUCCUCGCGGCGCUGCUGUUCGCCGUCCACCCGAUUCACACUGAGGCGGUGACCGGUGUGGUGGGUCGCGCCGAGCUGCUGUCUUCUGUCUUCUUUCUGGCUGCCUUCAUGGCCUAUGCUCGGGCUGCCUCCGCACGACAAACGACAGACUGGCGCUGGCUGGGGACGACAGUGCUGUGUAUCACAGCAGCCAUGUUGUGCAAGGAGCAGGGCAUCACAGUGGUCGGCGUCUGCGGCGUCUACGAAGUCUUCGUUGUCAGAAAGCUGCGCCUGAAUUCUCUCCGGGCCGCUGUGGCCGGACUGAGCAGGGCCGGUAAGGCUCAGCCGCCGGACUGGCUGGGUGCCACCGUCGGCCGGCUGGCUACACUCGCCGUGGCCACCCUGUGUCUGCUCAUCGGACGGGUGAAGAUCAUGGGGGCACAGCUGCCCGUGUUUACUAGGUUCGACAACCCGGCGUCCACGUCUGACACGGCGACCCGGUGGCUGACCUACAACUACCUGUUGGGUCUGAACACGGCCCUACUACUGGCUCCCGAGCCGCUCUGCUGUGACUGGACCAUGGGCACCGUGCCGCUGCUGACAUCUAUCGGUGACCCGCGCAACCUGGCCACCCUGGCGACCUAUGCUGGGCUGGCACUGCUGGUGUGGCGCGCCCUGGCCUCAGAGGAUCGUGGAUCCGAUGUGGUUAUCAUGAGUCUGGCUCUGGUGGCACUGCCGUUCCUGCCCGCCUCCAACCUGUUCUUCCCGGUGGGGUUCGUCGUGGCCGAGCGGGUCCUCUACAUGCCCUCCAUGGGCUUCUGCCUGCUAGUGGCCGCGGGCUGUCAGCGGCUGGUACAGACCGGUCGUCACCGGACGGCUGUCUGGCUCGGAAUGUCCGUUCUGCUGAUAUCACACGGUCUGAAGACCCACUGGCGUAACUGGGACUGGAGGGACGAGUACUCCAUCUUCACAGCCGGCCUGCGCGUCAACAGGAACAACGCCAAGCUGUAUAACAACGUGGGCCACGCGCUGGAGGGCCGGCAGGAGUACGAGCGGGCGCUGGUCUUCUUCCAGCAUGCCGUCAGAGUGCAGGAGGACGAUAUCGGAGCGCAUAUUAACGUGGGCCGGACCUACACCAGUCUGCAUAUGUACGACAAGGCCGAACAGGCGUAUCGCACGGCGAAGUCGCUGCUGCCUCGCGCCCGGCCCGGCCAAGUGUACCAGGCACGUAUCGCGCCCAACCACCUGAACGUGUUUCUGAACCUGGCGAACCUCCUGGCGCGCAACCACAGCCGCCUGGAGGAGGCGGACGCUCUCUACCGACAGGCGAUCGGCAUGAGGGCCGACUACACUCAGGCCUACAUCAACAGGGGUGAUGUGCUCAUCAAGCUGAACCGUACACAGGAGGCGCGCCGGGUCUAUGAGACGGCGCUCACAUACGAUAGCCACAACCCGGACAUCUACUAUAACCUGGGCGUGGUGUGUCUGGAGCAGGGCCUCCAGGCCGAGGCGCAGGCCUACCUGGACAGAGCGCUCGAGCACGACCCCGACCACCAGCAGGCGCUGCUCAACUCGGCGGUGAUUAUCCAGGAGGAGGGGCCCCCGGAGCGGCGGCCGCUCGCCUACCAGCGGCUCCACCGGCUCAUCGCGCUCCGACCGUCGGCCGUCGGACUCGACAGGGUCUACUUCAACCUGGGCAUGCUGGCCAUGGACGACCACGACCUGGUGCCCGCCGAGGCCUGGCUCAAAAAGGCGGUGGAGGUGCGUCCCGAGUUCCGUUCGGCGCUGUUUAACCUGGCGCUGCUGCUGAGUGACGCCGGCCGGCCGCUGGAGGCCGUGCCCUUCCUCACCCGGCUGGUACAACAUCACCCGGACCACGUCAAGGCGCUCAUCCUGCUCGGAGACAUCUACAUCAACAACAUCGAGGACCUGGACGAGGCGCAAAAGUGUUACGAGCAGAUUCUGCGCGUGGAUCCGGAUCACGUGCAGGGAUUGCACAACCUCUGCGUAGUCCACGUGAAGCGGGACGACCUGGAGCGCGCCCAGCAGUGUCUGGAGCGGGCAGCUCGGCUGGCGCCCGACGAAGACUACAUACAGCGACAUCUACAGAUUGUCCGAGCGCGCCGCCAGGCGGCCAAAUCGGCAACUAGGCGGCCCGAGCCGGGCGCAUAACAGCCGACCGUGGGUGUUGGCUGAACUCUUGGCGCUGUGAUAACCCGCGACGCUCCCCGCCCGGGCCUGCGGUACUUUUCGCGUGUCUGAGACCGCGCGGGCCAGUGGUCGCCCCGCCGGCUCGGAGCGUCGUCCUGCUUUAAUCUGUGUAAAUCCGCCGGGCCCUGGGGGCAUCGGCGGACGGUCAUACGACAUGGUAUUGUCAGGAACUGUCCUCUGUGAACUCUGUGUCCUAAUGACGAGCUGUAAUGAGAGCGUUAUCACCGGGCUAUUUUGAUGCUGUUGUGCUCAAUAUUUUAUGUAAGCUUGCGAGAUGAUUGUUAUUUCUGUGCGAACUGCGAUACGUGUUGUGGUAGCACGGUUGACGUGUCGACUGCGGGUGCUUGUGACAACUGUUGUUCGGUAUGGAUUGGCACGGUGGUUUUUGUUGUGCACUGUAACAGGGUACAUCAGAUCAGGAGCUGGUCCCUGAGGGUGACUCCUCGGCUGGGCGCCGGACCCUGGAGGUCCCGCAGAUCGGGCACCGAGGCGCGGCGGGCCCCGUCGGAGCCGAUAUUGACUGUGAUAAAAUACAUACAGUAUACAUUCC